CUUGAACAUCCAAGCUUUUGAAGCUUUUCUGAUCACCAAUAAAGACUGGAUAGACUAAAACUACCAUGGAAAAGUCGAUGCCUCGCAACUUUGAUUGGCUGAGAUGCAUGGCCCGAUAUCAGUGAGUCGUAGAUUAUCAACGGGUAUUCAACGGAUGUUUAUUCUAAAGUUAACACCGACCUGUCCUACGGCAGAUACUCGUAUUAAACGAAUGAUUUACUGUUCAAAAGGGUUUUAUAUUUUUUGUCCUUCAACAACACCACCACCACCACCACCACCGCCUUCAGGGAUCAGUAUAUACUGUAACGACCCAGUACUAUGUGUUUUGUGUGGAACAUGUGGCAUGGAUGAGACGACGACAUUUAUACCCGAUACUACGACCAUGAUAAUGACCACAACUACAUCGACAGAAGAAGAAACAACAACUGGUGUUGAAUCCACUACAUCAGCGAUGAUAACCACAACGUCCAGCGCAGACGACAUUACAUCCGCAGUUGAAACAACAACCUCAGCAGCAAUGGAAACAACAUCGUCAUUAGCAGAAACUACUACAACAGCAGUUGAUGAGACUACUUCAACAGCAGUUGAUGAGACUACUUCAACAGCAGAAGAUUUAACUACUACAACUGCUUCCCCGUAAAUAAAGCCUUUCAAAUACUAAAGAAGCAUAUUUUA